AUUCUUUGAAGUACUAAGUUUCUCUUUGUCUCUCUGUUUCUCUGUCUCCCUGUCUCUCUCUCUAACGCAAACUAAAACUCACUGCCACUCCAUUCCUGCAGCCAUGAACGGCGAUGGAGGAAACUUCCCACCGCCGCAAUCCAACGGCGGUGAUUUUCUCCUCUCCCUUCUUCAAAAACCUCACCUUCAACCAUCCCAACCCCCAACCAUCCCACCUCUACAAUCUCUUACAAUAGAUCCCGCCGUUGCCAUGAUGGGCCCCACAAUCCCCAUCUCCACAUCUCCAUAUCUAACCAACGGUCACGAUCAUCCCAACCUUAACUAUCUCCCUCACCACCCUCACCCUAAUUUUCCACCAUGGUCCCACACACCUUCUCCAUACACGCAAAACAUAUUCGGGUUAACCCAUAACCCGUUUUCCCUCCCUCAAAUACCCGAAACUCAUUACCCUAACACCAAUCCACUUCACUUCAACAACGGUGUUUCCCUCGCCGAAGAUUUAAGAAGAUUAGGGUUUCCUAUUGAAGGAAACAACAAUAGCAACAGUGUUAAUUCCUUCAUUCACCAACAACAACAGCAACACCAAUUGAAUGAAUUGAAGUUACAGUUUGGAUCUUUACCCACUGUUUCGUUUGCUAAUUCCUCUCCAGUGCCUUCCAAUGGAAACUACAAUGGUUUUGAUAGGAAUAAUAAUAAUCAAAAUCACAAUCAUAAUCAUGAUGCUGUUGAUUAUGAAAGAAGAGGGGUUAUUGGGAAUUUUAGGUCAACUGGAAUAUCCACUGAACAAAUUAGGGUUCCACCUAGGUUUGUGAACGAUACAAGAGGAAAGGGUUAUUGGGGUUCUGAGGUUGGUGAAGUUGAAUUGAAUGGUAGGAAUGAGAAUUUGUUUAGGGAAAAUGUAAGAAUUGGGUUUGGUGAAAGGAGCAACAAUUCUAGAGGCAAUGUGGGUGGUGGACAUGAAUUGAGGCUUCCUGAUCAGAUUGAUCAUCCUGGUCCACCGUCCGGGAGUAAGCUUCAUUCUGAUGUUGUUGUUGAUGAUGAUAUUGAUGCUGUUGGAGAACAGUUAGCUGAUUCGUUGUUGCUUGAGGAUGAGCUUGAUGACAAGAGUAGUAACUCUAGGAGGCGCCGCGGACCUAGGGAUAAGGAUGCGAGAUCAUCAGACUCGAGAGGAACACAGUUGCUAAGCCAGCGGGCAAGAUCGUAUAAAAGACAAAUGAUGUGCCGCAGGGACAUAGAUAAUCUUAGUGUUCCUUUCCUUGCAAUAUAUGAGUCUUUAAUACCACCGCAAGAAGAAAAGCUGAAGCAGAAACAAUUGUUAGCGUUAUUGGAGAAGUUAGUUUGCAAGGAGUGGCCAAUGGCUCGGCUUUAUCUCUAUGGAUCAUGUGCUAAUUCAUUCGGUGUUUCUAAAAGUGACAUUGAUGUUUGCCUUGCUAUUCAGGAAGCUGACAUGGACAAAUCUAAGAUAAUAAUGAAAUUGGCUGAUAUUUUGCAAUCAGAUAACCUCCAGAAUGUUCAGGCAUUGACACGAGCAAGGGUUCCUAUAGUAAAGCUCAUGGAUCCAGUUACAGGAAUCUCUUGUGACAUAUGCAUCAACAAUCUCCUUGCUGUUGUAAAUACAAAGCUUCUUCGGGAUUAUGCACACAUUGAUGCAAGGUUGCGACAGCUGGCUUUUAUCAUUAAACAUUGGGCAAAGUCAAGAGGUGUCAAUGAAACUUACCAUGGGACCUUAUCUAGCUAUGCGUAUGUUUUGAUGUGCAUUCAUUUCUUACAACAGCGACAACCUGCUAUCCUUCCAUGUUUACAGGGGAUGAAGACAACAUACUCUGUGACUGUAGACAAUGUUGAUUGUGCAUUCUUUGACCAAGUUGAAAAACUUGGUGAAUUCGGCCGACACAACAAGGAAAGCAUUGCUCAUCUUGUGUGGGGAUUUUUCUAUUAUUGGGCAUAUUGUCAUGAUUAUGCAAAUUCUGUUAUAUCUGUUCGCACAGGAAGCACAAUUAGCAAGCGAGAUAAGGAUUGGACAAGAAGGGUUGGCAACGAUCGCCAUUUGAUAUGUAUUGAAGAUCCUUUUGAAACAUCUCACGAUCUGGGUCGAGUGGUAGAUAAACACAGCAUCAAAGUUCUCAGAGAAGAGUUUGAACGUGCUGCUGAUAUUAUGCAAUUUGAUCCAAAUCCAUGCAAUAAACUUUUUGAGCCUUAUGUACGUAGUUGAUUGACAAGUUGUUUUUGAACUUAGAUUUUUAGGGGAAGUAAUGAAACACUUUGGCUUGUAAAGUUUCUUUUGCCACAUAUUUAAUAUAAUUAACCUUCUUUAUGUUCAUGUGUAUUUAUGAACGUGUUAAAUUUAAUUUCAAUGUAAAGAGCUUUUGAUCUUGAUCUUUUA